GGAGCGCUGGGAGGCGGGCGCGGGAGGCGCCGCUCAGUCGGCAGCGCCGCUCGCUCCGCGCAGCGCCCGGGGCCGCGCAGGUAGCCAUGAGUGACCGGAAGGCCGUGAUCAAGAACGCGGACAUGUCGGAGGAGAUGCAGCAGGACUCCGUGGAGUGCGCGACGCAGGCCCUCGAGAAGUACAACAUUGAGAAAGACAUCGCAGCCCACAUCAAGAAGGAGUUUGACAAGAAAUACAAUCCCACUUGGCACUGCAUUGUGGGAAGGAACUUUGGAAGCUACGUGACUCACGAGACAAAGCACUUCAUCUACUUCUACCUCGGCCAAGUUGCUAUUCUUCUCUUCAAGUCUGGUUAGAGCCAUGGACUGUUACUGAGACUUGCAUCUGGACUGCAAACUCACUCUAAAGAGCCUGCUACCUUCAGCCUUCCUGAGGAAGCAGACCUUGAUCUUCAGGUCUUUUGUUUUGUUGUUAACGGUCAGGGAUUUUGCUGUAGUAGUUGGUAUUUUCAUUGUGGCUUAAAAAAAAGUCGAAAGGUCUUCCUUGUAUUUAUUUUCUUGUAAAAGUCAGCUGCUUUGUUAAUAAAAAUGUUGGAGUGAUGCGGA